UAAUCAGCCACACGCAGGAGCUAUGGGUUAUGAUUAUUCUGCUACUUGGAGAUAAAAGCUCAUUGGUAAGCAACAGCUCAGAGAGGAAGUGCUUCUGUUUCUCUCCUUUGUCAGUUCUUCUGAAUCUCUGAAUGAAGGUGGCAUUAGAUUGAAUCCAUAUCACGGACACAUAUGCUGACAUUCAUGCUCAAGAAAUUCCAGACCCUGGAUCCAUCAUCAUCCAGGGCUCCCUGGGGCCCCCACCCCACCCAGCACACAGGUUGAGUCUCCUUGGGUCUGCAAGUGGGUCUCUUUCAUCCCUCCCUUCAUAAGGGUGUCUAGAAUGUCAGCUCACCCAUCAGUCUCAGGGAAGGUGGUACAAAGGACAUCGAUUCUGAAUUAGAAUGUCUUGGAUUCAAAUCUUGGCUCAGGCUCUUUCCUCUGCCGUUGCGUACGCCGAGCCCUCCUCGUUGGUCGCUGUGUCCUUGGCUGGUGUGAAAAUGGCCACAAACUUUCUAGUGCACGAGAAGAUCUGGUUUGACAAGUUCAAAUAUGAUGAUGCAGAAAGGAAAUUCUAUGAGCAGAUGAACGGGUCCAUGGCUGGCUCCUCACACCAGGAGAAUGGCGCCAGCGUGAUCCUCCGUGACGUCACAAGAGCCAGAGAAAACAUCCAUAAGUCCCUGGCUGGAAGCUCAGGCCCUGCGGCCUCCAGUGGGCCCGGUGGAGACCACAGUGAGCUUGUCAUCCGGAUCGCCAGCCUGGAAGUGGAGAACCAGAGCCUGCGAGGGGUGGUGCAGGAUCUGCAGCAGGCUGUCUGCAAGCUGGAGGCCUGGCUGAGUGCACUAGAGAAAAGCUCGCCCACCCACCCGGCCACAGCUCCGCAGACCCAGCACGUGUCUCCCGUGCGCCAAGUGGAGCGCCCCACCCGGAAGGCGGUCACCGUCACAGAGGACGAGGACGAUGACAUUGACCUGCUCGGCAGCGAUGAGGAGGAGGACCAGGAGGCUGCCUGGCUGCGGGAGGAAAGGCUGCAGCAGUACGCUGAGAAGAAGGUCAAGAAGCCUGCCCUGGUGGCCAAGUCCUCCAUUCUCCUGGACAUCAAGCCUUGGGAUGACGAGACGGACAUGGCCCAGCUGGAGGCCUGCAUGUGCUCCAUCCAGCUGGAUGGGCUGACCUGGUGGGGGGCCUCCAAGCUGGGGCCCGUGGGCUACGGCACCCACAAGCUGCAGAUCCAGUGUGUGGUGGAGGACGACAAGGUGGGCACGGACCUGCUGGAAGAGGAGAUCACCAAGUUCGAGGAGCAUGUGCAGAGCGUUGACACUGCUGCUUUCAACAAGAUCUGAGCCCUGGCAUUGGCCUGAGCGUGUGAAGCCUUGCAGCCAAUAAAGACUGAGAUUCCAAAAAAA